GAGGGCGAGUGAACAAUCAUAAUUUAUUUAUUGCAUUAUAGGAAAAAAAAGCUUCUUGUUUGACUCAAUGUAUACCUCAUAUUUGUUUGUAAAUUCACUGCUCUAUUUUUCUGAGCAAUACUGAUGUUCCCUUCUCAUGUAUUUGUCCAUAUUACACUGUGAACAUGCAAUGAAUGUACAACAUCAACAAUGCUUUUCAAACAAAGGAAUACCGAAACUACUAAGUGGCCAUUUGAGUACGGAAAUGUUAGCCAAUAAACGACUUGGACAUCAUCAAACGAAUCUCUCUUGUGGAAUAAUAUUUGUCUCAAAAAGAUUCAUAUCUUAACGCUUUCAAUUGCAGCUAGAGUGUUCAUCACAAUAUAGUAUCUUUUGGAGCUGCCUGCGUUCAACAGUGACGUCCUGAAAUACUGCCGUAUGCUGCGGCCACUGUCCAUGUGUUAUACCUUUAACAUUUGGACAAGCAUUGAUUUCACGAUUGAGACUUUGUGACACGUUCUGACUCAUCUUGGUCCAUGGAAUCGUGUUCAUUAGUUUGAGUGUAAAUAUGACAACAAUAAGCACACCCUUCUCUCCGUUCGCUUUGCCCCGCCUCCGGAGUAGAGAUGCAUUAAAAGCUCCUGUGUUCAAUGUAACUAGUGCCUGUGGGAAUUUUCUUUUUUAGAAAAUAAAAGGAGAGUGUUUUUUAAUGGGUGUUAAUGCCAGCAUUUUUACGUAAUAAUCCCAAAUAACAACCGAAAGUUAUUACUGACAAAACAGACGUAAAACCAACCUCCUAUGGAAAAUUGAAAUUAACGAGGAAGCCUGAACGCAACGGUAGUCUUUUGGCAACACUAAUGGAAGAGCAGCAGCGAGGAUUUUAGUGUUUAGGCUUUCAUCUUUACAAAAUGGUCCUGUGAGGUUUUCAUGGAUCAGCAAUGAGUCAAAAUAGUCCCUGUCUCUGGAGCCAGCUUCCCCAGAGCAUCAGCGCUCCUUGUGACCGCUACAAGCAUGCUUGCUGCAGCUACGAUGGAAAUGUCUAUAUCCUGGGAGGAAGAGACCACAGCACUCUGAGGGACUUUUGGAGGUACAGUGUAGUGCAGAAUGAAUGGACAGAGUUGAGCUGCAAAGGUGAAACUGCACCAGAGGAAGUGGAGGAGCAUUCCAUGGUUGCUCAUAAGGGGUUUAUGUAUGUGUUUGGAGGCACACUGGAUUCAGCAUACACUUCGCUGAGAUGUCCCCUUUGGGUGUUUGACAUUGUCAAGCAGAAAUGGGUGCACUCUCCAAGAAAAGCAAGUGGUGCUCAGUCUCAAAUGCCAACAAACAGAAAAGGCCACAGCGCGGUGGUGGGAGGCACAUCCAUGCUGGUGUAUGGUGGCUUCAUCGAUAUAAAGGGAUCAUCUCAAGAAUUUUGGAGUUUGGAUUUUGAUACCUUGGUUUGGUCGCUCCUCACUGGUUUACAGCAGGGAUCACUUAGCCCUGGUCCAAGACAUAGUCACUCUGCAAUAGUCUACCAGAGCUGCAUGUAUCUGUUUGGUGGCUUGAAAGGCUUGAGAGAGCAGAGAGAUUUCUGGAAGUGGAAUUCUGCCAACUACACAUGGAGUUUGCUCAAAACCAAAUCUGGACCCUCAAAAUUGAUUGGUCACUCAACUGUAGCCUACAAGGACAGCAUGCUUCUUUUCGGGGGAGGAGAAACUCUGAACAAUCCAAAAAACUCUCUAUGGAGGUUCAACUUCUCCACUCAUACAUGGUGGCAAAUAAACACAAUGCCAGGAUCGAGAUCUCCAGAUAAGAUUCACCACUGCUGUAUUGGUCUUGGUCCGAACUAUACAGCUGAUAGUAGCAGCAUCUGUUUAGAGGCCAACACAAAGCUCCACAAUGAGAAAUUUAGCCCUUUCAAAAACAAAUUUUUACCUGCGCCACACAAUUUUCUGGGAUCAGAGGAUGCUAUUGAGCUGCAAACUUUCACCUUCAACAAGUGUCACCUCAAAACUCCUCGUCAGUCCACAGAACUGGGUAAAACUGAAUUACGAGAAACAAAUAUGCAUCAGAUUGGAAGCUGUGUAACAUUUGAAAAUACAGCAUUUAGUAAAGACCGGAGCUGUACAGAGAAGGAGUUGCUCGAAGGCACUCCUCGGAGGAUUCCAGAAUUCCGCAUCCUAACAACUUCAAAGUAUGAAAGGAAACCACAUCACAAAGACCGCAUCAUAAUAACUUAAAAGCAUGAAAGGAAAAUAAAGAGAAUAAAGAAUAAAAAUACACAAACACACAUAACAGUAACAACACACAAGGAGUUUGUCUCCGGCAGCCAACAUUCAUGUUGAAUACUGAGAAAAACAAACAAACAAGAAUGAAGAAAUAUACACAAUUAAUAGAAAACUAUUCCUUAUAAGAGUCACAGUUGUGCAAAGCUUCUGAGUCUCCUAGCAUUUAGAGCAGUUAGAUUGCGUCAAUGCCCCAAAUUAUGUUAGGCUUAUACAGAGUGCCCUUACCCGUUCGUGGUUCACCGUUAUAAACCAGUGCAAUGACAAAGGUGUCAAGGGAGCAGUUUAAAGUGAUGAAUCAUACGAUAGUUUACAGUAUAUAUGACUAAUACGAAUUCUAAUUGGACCAGUAGGAUUUAAGAGUCUGUCCCCACAUCAGUCCACAAAAUGUUCUUCCAUUUCUCUUUAGGCCAAAUUGGAGCCUCUUCUGCACACACUCAGGGGAUUAGCUUCAAACAGAUGUCUUCUCACUGUCACAGUACUAACAGGGAACUCGUGACUGUCUUUAAACAUCCAGGAACCAAUCAUUGGCUGAGCCUUUGCCAUUCUGGUUAAUCUGGAAUCCAUUUUGAUACUUGUCUUCCUUUUUCUGCCACGUGUCUCUGGUUUUGCUGCCCAUUUGAAUGCAUUAGAGAUCAUUUAAGAUGAACAGCCUAUACAGUCAUAACUCUACUUACGAACGUCUCUACUGAUGAAAAAUUCAUGUUCCGAAAAGCCUUCCCGGAAAAAAAUUGUCUCUAGUUAUGAAGGAAAUUCUGGAUACGAAAAGAAAAAAAUGGCGCUGGAUUCCACCUAAUGUAAACGUACUGUUCUGUAUCUUGGUUUGAAAGCGACGCAAUAGAGCUGCUCUCCCAUUGGCUAUUGCAAGAGCAUCUUCCUGGAAUCACAUCCAUCCAUUGGCUAAAAGGGACAUCAAUCUUUACCCGUGAUGCACAUCCUGUAUCUUCGUCACCAAAUCUAUUGUCAUACGCUCACACACACUCGCACUGUACAUCUUUGCGGAUUUAUUCAUCUUUUUUCACUAUGGGCCCCAACAUUUCUGAAUCAUCCGGAAAAAGUGUUAACGAGUCGGACUAUCGUUCACUUUGAUGAUGUUUGCCUUGCACAUUUCCACAAGAUUAUUAAAAGCCAUCAAAGGAAAACAUCCAUGGAUUGGUACUUCAUGAAACAUUGAAAGUUAAUGUUAAUGUUAGUUUUGACUCAUUUUAGUGAAACUGUGUGCCUGCCUCCCCCUCUGUCCGCCACAAUGCCUUUUUGCUCGCUAUGCACCCUUCUCUUCGUACCGUUGGUCCUAUUUUUAAAUACUCUAACAUUAUAUAAUUACUCAUACAUUAUAUACUUACUAUUGGUGGUGGGAGAGGGGAUGGAAUGGGAAUAGCCUUCCAUAGCAGCGGUGCAUUCCCCAAGUCUGUCGACAGAGAAUCGGACAGAGGCGAUCCGCUCCAUCUUGGAGAAAGAACUGCAUCAACCUGGAAGAUGAGCAGCGGAAGCAAUUGUGGAAAAUUUUAUGAGAUUUUAAGGACAUUUUUGCGCUCACUGAGAAUGAGGUGCGUCUCACUCACCUUGUGGAACACUACAUUGACACCGGGGAUGCACGACCAGUCAAAGUGCAGCCGCAUCGUCUGCCUACCUUACAGCAGGAGGCCGCAGAAAGGGAGGUCCAUGCUAUGCUCGAGGCAGGGAUCAUAAAACCCUUCAACAGUCUGUGGGAAUCCGGUGUGGUCAUGGUUCCCAGAAAAAAAGCUCUAGACCGCGAUUCUGGGUGGACUACAAGCCACUGAACAAGGUGACACAAAAGGGCUGUUACCCGCUUCCACGUGUUGAAGAGACAUUGAACCUCGUGUCGGGGUCCGCGUGGUUUUCGUCACUUGAUCUGUGCAGUGGAUAAUGGCAGGUUCCGGUCACCCCGGGUCAAGACCAAAAACAAUAUUCUGUAUCGCUCGUGGACACUGGCAGUUCAAGGUAAUGAGUUUUAUAUUAUGCAAUGCACCAGGGACAUUUGAGCAGCUAAUGGACACUGUGCUCACAAACAUUCUCAGACAGGAGUGCUUGGUGUACCUGGACAAUGUCCUCGUUCAUGGAAGAACCUUCCAGACUGCACUGGAUUCCUUGACACUGGUGCUGGGAAGAAGUGCGGCAGCUGGACUUAAGGUGCACCUGGAGAAGUGCCACUUUGUGCGGCGAGAGGGGGAGUUCCUUGGCCACUGGGUGGCUCAUAGGAGUAUCAGCACAUUAGAGGAGAAGAUCUGAGCAAUUCGAGACUGGCCAGUCCCAAAUGACCAGACACAGUUGAAGAGCUUCUUAGGACUAGCCUCUUAUUAUUAUUACUUUUGUGAAGGGAUUUUCUUGUGUUGGUGGAGCACCAACACAAGAAAAUCCCUGUUCCAUCCCUGUUCCAUCUUCUCAAAAACAAUCAGCCUUUUGUGUUUUUGUCGGACUGCCCAGAGGCAUUUACCAACCUCAAGAGAGCCCACAUGAAUGCCCCUGUCCUCACACCCCCAAACCCAGCUUUGCCCUUUGUGCUGGACACACAUGCAAGCAAUGUCGGCAUGGGUGUUACAGUCAGGCCCAGAAGCUGAACAUGCGGUAGCCUACUUUAGCCGCAGCUUCAAUAGAAGUGAGAGACACUGCUGCGUGACUAGAUGUGAACUGUUGGCAGUUAUAUUGGCUGAACGGCUUUUCUGAUACUACCUGUGUGGUGCCCCUUUCAUAAUUAGGACAGACCACAACGCUAUGGUGGUUGAUAUCUUUCAAAGAACUUGAAGGACAGGUAGCAUGAUGGGUGGAGGACCUGCAGUCAUUCAACUUGAACGUGGAUCAUCGUGCUGGAUCUCAGCAUGUCAAUGGCGAUGCACUUUCUCGGAGACCGUGUGCUGUGGAUGACUGCGGCUAUUGUGAUUGGCGGGACGUGAGGGAGAUGUAGCUGCAUGGAGGUGAGACUGCUCGUGGGCCAUUAUACUGCACAUUAGAGGUGGUAGAUGCUGCAGAGUGGGGAGUCAAGCAAGAGGAUGACAGUGAUCACAUUCCAGUACAUCACUGGAUUUUGAGUGGUAGAAGGACAUCUUGGGAGAGUGUGAUGGGAAAGUCUACAGUCACGAAAGGCCUUUGGAGUAAAAUUUACAGGAUUACGCAUGAGCCAAUGGCAUAAUGCAGCAUGUAUAGAAGUAGCCAGCCACCGGGGAAGAGAGGUGGCAGGUGGUGGUGCCCAGGUACCUCAGAGAUACUGUGUUGAGAUCAUGUCACUGGGCAUAGGCUCAAGGCACUUUGCAAGGAGAAAGACCCUCCUUCGACUAUGCCACAGGUUCUACAUGGGUCAGGACAUGUGAGAUGUGGAGGAUUUCUCCCACCACUGCAAAGGAUGUGCAGAAUCAGAAUCAGCUCUAUUUGGCCAAGUGUGUAAAAAAACACCCAAGGAAUUUUUCUCCGGCAAACGGUGCUGCCCUGGUAUGACAUGCACAAUAAAGAACAACAAAGCAACAAGAACAAAGAACAAGAGACAUUUCUAUUUACAGGAACUAUUCCUGACAAAACUCAUGCAAGAUGUAAAAUCUUCUUCGUUUAGCACAGGUCGUCCUAUAAUCUUGGGACAGCCCACAGGAAAAGCUUGUCCUUGUCCCUGUAAUUGUCAGAACAAAAUCCCUUAACCAACUAAAAUAAAUGCUCAACAAUGGCAUAAUAUUUUAUUAUUACUGAUAACACAUACAACAGUCUUAAAUAAAUAUUUAACACUGUUUGAGUUAAAACAUUUUUUGCAUUAAAUAUUUGUGUAUAAAAGUUUCUGCAUAGUGCAGUUUAUCCUCUACAUCAGUGAUUUCCAACCUUUAUACAGCCAAGGCACAUAUUUUACAAUUGAAAAAUCCCACGCCACACCACUAAAAUUAAAUGUCACCAAAAAUGGAUCGAAUAAUUACUGUAUGUACUUCCUGCCAUCUAAUAAAAGAGGACGUUUUUUGUUCUGUCUGUCAUUGUGUCUCACUGGCAUACAUAGAUGAAUAAAGAUACACUAUUUCUUGGAAUAAAUAAUAAUAAUAUAUUUUUUUAGCAAUUACAUAAAAUUGCAUAAGU